GAAAGCUCGAUGCCCAGUUGCAUAGUCCUCGGAAUACACGAAUCCCGCUAGACAUAGACAUUCAGCUUGCGCUACUGGUGCCACUCGGUCUCAGGCUGAACGGUGGAGUUCGCUCGAACUUGUCAAAUCAGAGACCUCAGUGGACAGGACAGAAAGACAGCAUCGUAUACAGAUUGUCAUUUGAUAUGGCGAAGAAAAAGAAGACCCAAUUGAAACCUGUAGCCAGAGGGUUUGCUGUCACGUCGGUUCCGAAGAAGGUGGUGCAAGUUGUAGAAGAAAACGAGGGCAGCGCGGAAACCCCAAAUGAAGAAGGUCGUACUUCUGCCGUGCCUUCCAGCAAUCCCGAUAACGCAAGCGUCGCGCAGUCAGAUGUUGUUUCCAAUGAGGAACAAGCCUUACAGAGCUUGAUAGACAGAUUUCAGGAUCGGACGGAGAGGGACGUUGUCAGGACAUUGAAGGUCAUAGAGCAGGAACGACGUUUUGCGGAAUCACUUACCCGUCUGGAGUUGACGUCUCUCUUCAUUGAGAACAUUCUCUCUACGGCCAGUGAGAGCUCUUCAGGUGAAGCAAGGAAGGCCAUCGAAGAAGCUGGAGAGAAGGCGUUACCGCGCCUUGCCGUAACGUACGGAGUCCUGCGACGCAUCGGAUUCAGAGAAUCUCGAGUGGAAGAAUGUCUCAGAGCGAUCGGCGGGGUCGAUUUAGAUGAAGCGUUUGACUGGCUACACAUUCACUGUAGUGAAGAGGAACUUGGUGCGCUUAAUGAUGCAGAAGAGUCUGGCGAAUCAAAGUCGCCAAAGACAUCGAGCCUCCCGCAGACACCGCUAAAUCAAGACCAGUAUCCUAUCCAGCUGGAGACAUCCACCCCAAAGCGAUUUGAUGCCCGUGCCCCUGGUUCCAUUCCUGAAGGGAUCUCUUCACUUCGUGACUCUUUCAGUGAUGCCGUGGGGGCAGAUGGAGGAAUAAGUAGUGAUACAGUGUCGCCUGCCGGCAGCGGAUACGUUGCCGCUGCAAAGAGUCAGGAAUCCCAAUUACCUGUAGAUGACUCGGAUGAUGAUCCUAACGCCAAAUAUGUGCGGCUCAAAAUGCAGAUUGCAGACCUCACCACGCACAGGCAACCCGGUGAGCUUCGAGAUGCAUCUUUCCUUCGAGGACUUCAGCAACGCUUAGAAGAGGUCAAACAAGACUACUUGUUCGAUGGCGAGGCGGCUGAAGCCCAGUAUCGCAUUGAGCGUGCAAGGGCCGAUGCUUCCAUUCUUCAAGCUAGACUCCGUGGCGAAAUCACCGCACCCGCAAAGCCUUCUGCGGCACGCCACAAAGUGGAGCCUCUUAGUAGGCAGAAAGCAUCCCAAUCGACUCGCGCGGCAACCAAAGACCUGUCUGACUCCGAUGAUGACUCUUCCUGUGGCAUGCUUGAUUUGUUGGACAUGCCUGCUACGGGCACUACGGAAGAGGGUGUUGUAGUCACUAUCCGGGACAUGGAUUUGCCAAAGCAGUGGUCCGGCCGUACACCACAAAUAUUGCUGGCGGAACGAGUACACAAAGUGGACAAAAAUGCCGCAAUCAGCUACAGCAACAAAUCCGGCGCCAGCCGUGCGCAGAGGGCAUCUGUCCAGGUCCGUUGGAGCAACGGCAAGACCGAUGUGUGGUCUAUGGAUGACAUCGCGACCCGCGAUAUGUUCCAGGCAGAGCAGUACAUCUCCACCGUCGCCCUACAUGCAUUGGCAUUCCCGUCAUCAGAAGGCUUUGCUAUAGGUGCGACAAUGGGUCAGGCUGGCCCGACGUCUUUCCGACAAUUGCCUGGCCCAUACCGUGACUUAUGGGAUGAACUCGAGCAACGGAGGCGUACAGAGGAUAAUGCGACGAAUCGCACUGUAUGGGCAAAAUUGAGGUCUAUACUGGAGCCGAAACUCAACCUUGAACCCAAGCCUGGUGAGAACAACGUGAAGCCAGUGGUAAACUCAAAGGGCAAGGGUGUACCUCGUAAUGCCAUAUACCGUGGCAAUGUAGACCCAGAACAAGUCAAGGCUGACUUUGAGGCACGGCGCUCGCGCCCUGCUUACCAGGAGAUGCUGUAUCAACGAGGGAAGCUACCAAUCGCACAGUAUCGCGAGGAGAUCAAUACCAUUCUGCAAAGUUCAAAUAUACUAGUUUUGAGUGGCGAAACAGGGUGUGGGAAGUCCACCCAGGUCCCUGCGUUCAUAUUGGAGGACCACCUUGCGAAGGGUAAAUACUGCAAGAUAUUAUGUACGGAGCCUCGACGGAUCUCCGCGAUCUCACUUGCUCAACGAGUAUCGCGAGAGCUGGGUGAGUCCGCGGGGACUGUUGGCACUGCAGGCUCCAUCGUGGGAUAUUCGAUCAGGCUGGAAAACAAAUUAACCAGCCGAACACGCUUAGCCUAUGUCACAAACGGUAUUGCGCUGCGGAUGCUGGAAGGAGGGACGGGUCAAGGAGGUCAGGGAACGGCCUUUGACGAGAUCACGCAUAUUUUCAUCGACGAGGUUCAUGAGCGCACAAUUGAAUCCGACUUUCUACUCAUCGUCCUCAAGUCUCUGUUGCAAGAACGCCCCGACCUGAGAGUAGUUUUGAUGUCUGCGACGGUGGAAGCAGAGAAGAUAUCGAAUUACUUUGGAGGUACCCCAACCCUCUCCGUGCCGGGGCGGGCAUUCCCUGUCGACGUUCGUUACUUGGAGGAUGCUAUCGAGUUUACAAAGUGGAGAAUCACAGAGAGUUCCCCAUAUGCCAGGCGUGGCAAGGACAAGUUCCACGCGGGCAAAGUGCAGGUUGAGUGGUCCGAGGAUACCGCACCGGCCGAUGACGACGAUGACGAAGGGGCUCAAGAGAAUGUGAAGCUGGAGAAACGAUAUUCUGCCAAUACUGCUGCCACUAUCAACCUCCUUGAUGAGCGCGUUAUUCCCUAUGAACUCAUCAUCCGCUUACUAGAGCAAAUCUGUUUCAACGACCAAGCAUACUCUUCAUAUUCAUCUGCUAUCUUGAUCUUCAUGCCAGGCAUAGGUGAAAUUCGCAGGCUCAACGACAUGCUCAUGGAGCAUCCUUCGUUCGGUUCAGAAACUCAGUUCACAGUCUAUCCACUCCAUUCCACCAUUUCUAGUGAAAACCAGAAUGCUGUCUUCGACAUUCCCCCACAGGGCAUUCGUAAGAUAGUCAUCGCCACUAAUAUUGCUGAGACGGGUAUCACAAUACCUGACAUUACGUGUGUCAUCGAUACGGGUAAACAACGAGAGAUGAGAUUCGACGAGAAGCGUCAGAUUAGUCGGCUCACCGAGACAUUUGUCGCGAAAAGUAACGCAGCGCAACGACGGGGCCGUGCAGGAAGAGUGCAGUCUGGGCUAUGUUUCCAUUUGUUCACGAAAAUUCGCCACGACACGAAGAUGGCUGCACAUCCUGACCCAGAGAUGUUGCGACUUAGCUUGAGUGAACUUGCACUGCGCAUCAAGAUCAUGAAAGUGAAGCUAGGGACAUCUAUCGAAGACGUACUGUGCAAAGCUUUGGAUCCACCUUUACCUGUCAACAUCCAGAGGGCUGUGUCGGCUCUCGUAGAGGUCAGGGCCUUAACAUCAUUGGAAGAAAUCACUCCGAUGGGACGGCUUCUGAGCAAAUUACCUACCGAUGUCCACCUCGGAAAGUUCCUGCUCAUAGCGACACUCUUCCGCUGCUUGGACCCUGCUCUUACCAUUGCCGCUACUUUGAACUCCAAGUCGCCCUUCAUGUCUCCUCUAGGUUAUGAGCAAGAGGCUGAGCGUGCUAAGCUAUCUUACCGUAUCGAGAACUCCGAUUUUAUGACCAUCCAUAACGCCUUUGCGAGCUGGCGUCAAGCAUGCGCGAAUGGGAUUGGUCGGAAGUACUGCAAGCGCAACUACUUGAGCUAUCAGAACCUGCAACAAAUAGAAGAGUUGCGUCAGCAAUUCCUUGGCGACUUGGUUGACUCCUCCUUCAUCCAAGUGAGCGACUCUUUCGCGCAAGAGCUCAGCAGAGCGCGCUAUAGCCGUGGCAGAACACGUUUCGUCUCGGUACCUGCAGCGUUCGACGCGAACACGGGCAAUGUGUUCCUUUUACAUGCAUCCCUGUGUGCUGGGUUGUAUCCCAAGAUACUCGCCGUUGAUCCUUUGAAGGAGGUGAUGAAGACUGUCACGAACAACCAAUCCGCCUCAUUCCAUCCCUCCUCCGUGAAUUUCGGCAGGAGACCUAGUAGCUUCGGCGUCAACCAUCUCUGCUAUUUCACUCUCAUGCAAUCGAAGAGGCUUUAUGCAUGGGAAACUGCUCCUGUGGAUGACGUUGCGUUGGUUCUCCUGUGUGGGGAGCCGGAAUUUAAGCUGGCCUCCGAUGCCGUUUAUAUUGACCGAAAGAUCAAGUUCCGCGUCCCAGCCAAGUCUGGCAUCGCGUUGAAACUCUUGCGUAACCAGCUUGAUAUGAUAGUUUCCACUCAGAUGCGUCAGAAACCUUUGAUGGAAUCGCAGACACUGUGGAAUAAUCUUGCAAUGAUGGUGUUGGGCAAGAUUAGACCGAAGGAUUCGGAGGACCACCGAGAGAACAUAACACUGGUAGUUCAUCGAUAGGUAGGUAUUGCUAUACUAGAACGUACUCAAAUUACACCAGCGGGUUGUCGUCCUCUCAACUGUAAAAUGUCUCGUCGCAGACUGUACGCACUACAGCUUGACCCUUUUCGCACGUCAUCUUCAUAGAUGGGGUGCAGCGUGAUGAUCGUGAACCUGAGAUCGAUUGCACGAGAGAAUCGUGGGCGUAGAGCAUAACUAUCGACGAGAUGAAAAGAAAGCGACACAGCAAUUCUACUCCUCAUCUUCAUCAUCAGCGGCGCUCUGGAUGUUGUAGAAGCGGAGCUGAUAGGUAUCCUUCGACGGAGCGACGACAC